CCUCCCCGAACGACUCGAAGCGAAGCAUAGAAUGUUGCGUCUCAGUUGCGUCAUACAAUGAGCUUCUUUUCGUGAAGAUGUGGGGCGACUUUCUCUGUCAUCUGUUUCUUCAAACGUUUGUGGCCAUCCCAGCGCUCGCUUGAACCACCGAGGACUGACGGAUCGAACGUUGGCUACGUACGUUUGAGUCGUCACCACCAUGGCCCAGAGCAAGCCCCACACCCCAGGUACGGCCCGGGGCGCUAAACUGGCAGCUCUGCUGGUGGACGAGGGGACUGCGCUAGUCAGGAAAGUAUUUGAGGAUGAAGUCAAGAAGAUGAACCCUUCAAGUCUUCGUGAACAGCUAAAGAGUCAUAAGGGAUAUCUUUGCGGACUGCGAUACUUGAAUGCUGGUCAGAGGAAAACACUCUAUCCACCCGGCGACGAUGUUCCAAAUACUGCACAGGGGUUUGACAUAUCGCUCUUAGAACUUCUACUGAAAGAACUCGUUCGGAAAGAACUUCGUAGAAAAGCACCGUAUGAACACCAAAGGAACAGCCUUCGACAAUACAGGAACGACAAUUACGGGCACAUUUCAAGCACGGAGCUGUCUGAAGAACAGUUUGACACGCUGUGGAAGGAACUGACUGAUAUCCUGGUUUCUCUCGGUGGAGACAGAGACAGGAUUUCAGAAAGACUCAACUCCAGCAUCGACACUGAACUGGAAAGCAAGUACUUCGAACUGCUGGAGCGACUGCACAAGGAAGACAUGGAGGUCAAAGAUCUUCUCAUGGCUCAGGGAGAGAGUCUAAGGAAAGGGCAAGAAGAAGUUUUGGAACAGGGAAAGGGUCUGCUAAAGGGGCAAGAAACACUCUUGAAUCAAGGAGAGAGCCAGAAAAAAGGACAAGAAGAAGUUAUGAAGGGGCAAGAAGCAAUCAUGGCCCAAGGAGAGAGCCAGAAGAAAGAAAUUUUGGAUCAAGGCCAAAGCCUAAAGAAAGGACAAGAGGAGAUAAAGAGUUUGUUGGAGAGAGUCCACGAUGCCCAGAGCCCAGGAAAAAACUCCAGGCAACACGAGGAUUCAAGCUCCAGGACAGGAUUGGCUGAUGUGGCUGAUGACGUCAUCAACUGUCUGCAAGACCUGUACCGUACCGAGUCUGCGCAUGUGCGGCCUCUGCCCUGGUGCGAAGACCUCAACCUGCAUCUUGGAGAAGUCUUCACCAACCUGCAGCUCCAGUACAGGGAUGAAAGGGGGCGCUUUCAUGACGCAGGCACUAUCGUAAGCUUAGCAGAUAUCUAUGAAGGUGAGGGUAUCCAAGUUAACGUUAGAUCAGCUGUCAAAAAAGUAAGGGUAGAAGGGGACCCUGGUAUUGGGAAGUCGUGCUCUUGUCAGAAGCUUGCUUAUGAUUGGUCCUGUGGGAAACUGGACAGGUUUAAGUUUGUGUUCUUUCUAGAAAUGCGACACUUAGCUGGGAAGGUAAAGGAUGAAAUAUUUGAGCAGCUCCUACCAAAGGAUACAAACACGACCCCGGACCAGCUCUGGUCCUACAUCCAACAGAACCAGGAUGAUAUUCUCUUCAUCCUAGACGGUCUAGAUGAGCUCAGUCAGGCAGCAAGGCAAGUCACAGAUGUGGUGGACUUGAUUCAGGGUAAAAUCCUCCGGAACUGUCAUGUCCUGGUGACCUCUAGGCCGUACCACUGUGUCAAAGACCUGGAGAAAUGUCACCGGUUCUACAGAAUAGUAGGUUUUAGAAAGAAAAAUUCAGAGGAGUUCAUACGCAAAUACUUUUGCGAAUUCCCAGAGUCUGCCUCAAAACUGGUGGAACAGCUUCAACCCGACCAGCUUCUUCGUAAUGUCUAUCUGUCACAAAUUGUAGUAAACCCCCUCAACAACUUGCUCAUAUGUGUUGUGUGGGAAGAUAACAAUGACCAACUGCCCUCGAGCAAAGCUGAACUGUAUGAAAUGAUUGUACUUUCAGUCGCAAAGCGAUUCUGUACAAAGAAAGACCUUUCGGUGGAAGGUGAUGAACUUCCUCCUGACAUAAAAGCAGCCUUGCGAGGUCUGGGGAAACUGUCCUGGGAGGGGCUAGAGCAGGAGCAGCUCCAGUUUAACAUAGCUGAGAUUACAAAGAACUAUGACAAGAACGCCGAUAACAUGUUGACCAUGGGCCUCCUGACUAGAGAUUACUCUUUCUCCAGAAUCAAACGCACCUGCCUCUGCGCCUUCCUGCACAAAACAUUUCAGGAAUACAUGGCCGCCCACUAUAUCAGUAGCCUGUUCACAGGUGGUAGUAGAGAAGAGGGGAUGAAAUGCCUUCGUAGUUUGUUUGGUUUGACAACUACUACUGGUAUCGACAGUAAAAUGAUUUUAGAUAGUUGCCGCAAAUACAUGGAGGUCCAGGAUUGGUUACUUUUGAUCCUAGCUGAGAAUGCAGACCCGUUAUUUGACAUGUUUGCAGAGGAACUUAACAAAGCUCAAACUGAUGAGGACAGGGACGUUUUGUCAUUUGUGUGUAUCACGUGGCUUGGAAACUCCUGUGCAGGUGUUAGAAUGGCCGGGAUUGUGUCACCUUGUCUGUCUCAGCACGCAACUAACAACCUGGGUGAUUUUAGUAAGGACUAUAAUCGUCAUAUCAGUUGGAUUGUAGGUUUGACACACGUACUAACCUGCCAAAAGAAACUCGUUGCAAGUAACAAUCCAAGUUUGACACAGCAUUUGACAGUCAACCUCCGUCAUAUCAGUGCAAGAUCCUUGAUUGAAGAGGAACUUGACGCGUUAGAAGAAACAUUAUCAGAUUACGACGCAUUGCGCUCUGUGAAAUUACUUGAUGCUGGCGGUGGUAUUAGGGCUGGGGUUCACACUUUCUCCCCACUGCGCACAUUCAUACCUCGGUGUGGAGCAGGAAGUGUGUCCAUCCAUAUCAAUCCUUCUUAUGCAUUAUAUCUGUCACUGUUGAGCUCGUUAGAACAGCUUAGCGUCGCACCAAGACUUGUAGAUAUUAGAGUUACUGUAAAUGGUACCAUGGGUGGUAUAUUUGGCGAUACACCAGAUCUAGACUUCUCAGAAUACGACAGACUGUUGUCCCGAAUGAUUGUAAGACAGGAUUGUCUCAGGUCGUUAAGGCUAGAGAUUGGUGGGUGGCAUCGUCAGGAUCCUGAAGUCAGAGGGUUCGGUAACCUAACAGCGACCCUUCAGAGCAUCUCCAAACAUGCAACCCUUGAGGAGGUUGACUUCGAGCUUCCAAGGAACGACGUGUUGACUGUAGGUGCAAAUACAAGGUUUGAGGUGGUUUUAAUCGUUGACAAUAUAGAGAUAGUAAAGUACAGAAGGUAUGAGACAUUUGAUGUGGGGCCAAUGGUUCACGAACUCACAGAGUGUAUCAAGAAAAACAAGAUGCUGAAGACACUAAGGCUUAGAUGGAAACUCUGGGAUAUUCAAAAUAUAACACAUAAAGUUUACCAUGGAGUCUGCAGUAGUCAGUCCCUCUCCAACCUGUGUUCUGCGAUCCAGAGAAACCGAACUCUGGAGACGCUGGAGAUUGAGGGCAUGUUGUCUGACUCUCAGUCAGGACGACAGGCAAGGAUAAUUGCCAAGUUGUUGGGUAAUAAACCCAGCCAUUAUAAGGUGUUCAAUAUAACUAUGUUGGACCGCCCACCUGUCAUUGACUUUGUCAUUUUUCCGGCAGCUUGGGUCGGGUACCACAGCGAUAGAACAGCUGCGGAGCCCCGUGGGCCGUCCACAUAGCAGUAGAGAACACAAACGUCAUUCAUGUCUCACAAAGGACCAGCUGGAGUGCCCUUAACAAAGGUUUCAGGGCAGGGACCAGUUAAGGAGAUCCCAUUGAAAUCUAUGCUAAAACCACAAGAAACAAACACUUUAAAACACAUUUACUUUUAUCUCAAACCUCAAGUCUUUACCCCCACUGGAAAGCUGGAUUUGUCAGGUGUCUUUUGGUACAAAUAGUGGAAGUUCAACUCCUGCGUGAUAAUGAGCUACAGCUAAAAUACUGAAAUGAGACCAGGAUUUCACCCCCUGGCAAAGUUGAACAGUCCACACAGAUCAAAAGUGUUUAGAGGUCAAUAACAGGUCAAACCAUGAAAAAGGUCACACUUUUUUGCCAUAUUUUAAAAAUAUACAUUCUUCUGUCCUUCUUACCAGAAAACUGGGCCUUUCUGAGCAAAAUUUGCCCAGGAAAAAAAUUAUCUAAAAAAUAAGUACCAAAAUACGGUGUACACACUGUUAGUUCUGCGCAUGCCGAUUUGCUGGUCCCUCCCCUUAACCAUUGAACUGGUUACGCGUGGCUUUGAUAUGUACAGGCCAGAGGAAUCCGUCCUCUGCUUAAUUAAUAAAUAAAUGGAAAUUUAACAAUUUCAUCUAGUAGUUGUCACAAGUUUCGAUUUUAAUAGCAUGUCAGUGUUCCAGGCGAAAGUAACUUCGUAUCAAGAUUUCUAAAAGUCUAUCAUGGGGUCAAUAUAUGCACUAAAACAGAUUGUUUUUUUUUGUAUCUGACAGGAGCACGACAAUACCCACCUUUGUUUGAACUUAAUAUAACAAACCUUUCUUCAGUUUUAAAAAUGCCAUAUACAGUAUCUUAUUAAGAUGCCCCUGCCUCCAGAAUGUAUUAGACUAAAAUUUGCUAAACAUGUAUGGUAACAAUUUGUCUUACAUCGAUGUGGGUAUACCUGCUUCGCACUAUAGAUGCUUUCAUGGUAGUAUUUUGUAAACCAAUGUAUUUUCAUGCUUUAUGUACAUGUAUCUUGCAAAAAUCUGUAGUGGUAUAAUGUUUAUAUAAAAUUAUAUUGGAUAUCAUUUGAGUAAAGGACAUGUACGUUUAAAAUGCAUUGGCAGUGGGACCAUUCUUUGUUUUGUUUGUUUGUUUGUUUGUUUGUUAUGUUUACUGAAAGCUUGUUUUUGCUCUGUUUCUUCUUCUGCUCCAAACACUGAGCUGGUCAAUGACCUGAACCAGACCGUCUGUCACCAUGGUAACUGGUGUUGGGUUACAUAAUGCUGCAGUUGUACAGUAGGAGGGUUUUAGACUAAUGUCACUAUAUAUGCGAAUGUGUUAAACGUUUGAUUAAGAAUUAAUUAACAGAGCAAACCAUAUGCGAAGGUAAACAUUAUGCAUUUGUUUGGCAAAUGUUGCCUUUCUAGUUUUUUCUUUAACUUGGUUUUAGUUACGAAUACUGACCCGUGGAUUAAAAUGAUGUGACGUUUGUACAUUGUGUAACCUACGAGCGGACGCGCGAGUCAAGGAAAGUUGCUCACACAGUUUAUUACUGAUUUCAUUGUAUUGUGUUCUACCUUGGUUCUACGUUAUAUGAUGUUAAGGUUACAAAAUUGUUUCUCUUAUGUUAUUUAAGCUGCUUUGAUCUUGUAUUCAAUUUGUAACCUGCGUUAUUUGAUACCUUUGUUAAUCUUGAGUUCAUUUUGUUAAUGAAUUUUGUUUGGGUCCCCCCCCCCCAGGAACCUUUGAAAAUCGCCAUCAGGCGACAUGUAUUUCCUGGAUAAAUAAACAAGCAAACAAACAAACAAGCAAACAAAAUUACUUAGUUAGACUUCUUCGAAUCCUGUUGAACAAAGAAAGACGUUGCAUUGUCUUAUUUAAAGUCAAUGGAAGUUGCCUUGUCGUAUUUAAAGUCAAUGGAAUUUACUCUUUUGCCCCAUAUUUCGUGUGACAUAUCUCAUCAGUACACAACCCCUUCGCAACGUGUAUCCCGUGAAUGUUGAGAGAAAUGCUUGUGCAAUCUUCCACAGUCUGUAAGCACAGUAAAAGAUUAUUCCAGCACAUAGAAGCAAAAACAAGGAAACGUCGAUCAUCAGGUACUGGUGAAGCGGAAGUUGUGCGGCACGUGACCGGAUGUGAGGCAGGCCGCCAUGUCUGAUCACGUGACUGAUCCACCACACUGCGCGCUGCAUGGGCGUCUCUGGUUGAUCCCUGUACAGCCGGGACAGGCGACGGGCGUUUUCUCUGUACCUGAAACAUGACAAAUACAUUAGGCCACAGCACGUAAAUUUUCUGGAUAACAUCCUCCGCAGACUCCAUAUCUAAUGC